GGCGGCUGCGAGCCGAUCAGUAGCGAAGAGGAAAAAAUGAAUAAAUAAAUAGAUGGAGACAACACCAUCAUUAAGUUUUUGUGAUAAAGUUACUCACAAGAAAAUACAGGACCAGAAGGUGUCACCUGCCACCUCAGUACCAGCAGAGGUAGAUGUGGUGGUGUUAGGGGGUGGGUCCCUAGGUUGCAACGCCCUCUAUCAUCUGGCCAAACUCGGCAUCACUAAUACUGUCCUCCUUGAAGCCCACCAGCUAACUGCAGGGACAACAUGGCACACAGCAGGGCUAUUGUGGAGGUUGAGGCCAAGCGAUUCAGAUAUCCACCUCAUCAACACAACGCGAAAGCUUCUCCUCAGACUAGAAGAGGAGACGGGCAUCAACCCUGGGUGGAUCAACAAUGGUGGCCUUUUCAUUGCUUCAACUAAAGAGCGUCUGGAUGAAUAUAAGCGGCUCAUGACCAUGGGUAGGGUUUAUGGCAUUGAAAGCUACGUACUGGACCCAGCAGAGACCAAGAAACUCUACCCUCUCAUGAAUGUUGAGGACCUCUAUGGCACGCUCUAUUGUCCUGGUGAUGGAACAAUGGACCCUGCAGGCAUCUGCAAUGCCUUAACAAGGUGGGCAACACGUGCAGGGGCAUGUGUUGCAGAGAACUGCCCAGUUACUGACAUACGCACAGUGGAGACCAUUCUGGGUGGCAGGAAGGUGAGCGAGGUACACACCCCAUUUGGAGUCAUCAAGACUAAUGCAGUUAUCAAUGCAACAGGUUGUUGGGCAAAUGACAUCACAGGCUUGGUGGGUGUGGAAGUGCCAUUAGUAGCCAUGAAACAUGCAUAUAUAGUAACAGAGAAGAUCCCGGGUAUAGAGAACAUGCCCAAUGUACGAGACCACAACGCCUCAGUCUACCUAAGGCUGCAAGGGGAUGCUCUCUCUGUGGGUGGUUAUGAGAGCAACCCCAUCUUCCUUGACAGGCUGGAUAAGGAGUUCGCCUUUGGAUUGUAUGAGUUGGACUGGGACGUGUUCAGUGCACACAUCGAUGGGGCGGUGAACCGUGUGCCCGUUCUAGAAACAACGGGCAUCAAAUCCACUGUGUGUGGGCCAGAGUCAUUCACUCCAGACCACAAGCCAAUAAUGGGAGAGGACCCCAACGUCCAAGGUUUUUACCACUGCUGUGGAUUCAACAGCAGUGGUAUGAUGUUGGGUGGAGGCUGUGGAGACCAGAUUGCAAGAUGGGUGGCUUAUGGCCGCCCAGAUAUUGACAUGUUUGGCUACGAUAUCCGGAGGUUCCACCCACCCCUCAACAUCAACAAGGCGUGGGUUCUGGCCCGUUCCCAUGAAUCAUAUGCUAAGAACUACAGCAUCGUUUUUCCCCAUGAUGAGCCUCUAGCUGGUCGAGGACAAAGACAGUCGCCUCUUCAUCAGGUGCUGGCAGAUGAGGGUUGUGUUUUCCAGGAGCGACAUGGUUGGGAGCGACCUGGUUGGUUCAACCAGGAGCCAGCACCAACACAAACCUAUGACUGGUAUGGUGCUUACGACACCCCACCCAACAAUGAUAAUAGCUACAAGACUCUCCUCACAGCUGACUACUCUUUUGACUUUCCAUCUCAUCAUCACAUGAUCCAAAGAGAGUGCUUAAGAUGCCGUGAGACAGCUGCCAUAUUUGACAUGUCCUACUUUGGCAAGUUCUACCUGACGGGAAACGAUGCCCAGAAGGCUGCUGACUGGCUCUUCUCAGCAGAUGUGUCCCGUGCCCCAGGCACCACAGUCUAUACCUGCAUGUUAAACCACAAAGCUGGCAUUGAAGCAGAUCUUACUGUGAGUAUAUGUGAGGGGGGCCAAGGAUCAGCUUGUGAUCCCACCUUCGCAGGUAGGGGAUUCUACCUAGCUGCAGGUGGGGCAGCGGCACUCCAAAAUUUGGCCCAUGUUUUAAAAGAAGUGAGGACUCACCAGUGGGAUGUGGAAGUGUUGGACCACACUGAAAACAUGGCCAUGUUGUCUGUGCAAGGCCUUAACAGUAGGGCCAUUCUGCAGCAGGUUACUGAAGAAGACUUUAGUGAUGAAGCAUUUCCUUUCUCCACCCACAAAGUUAUUACUAUUGCUGGACAUAAAGUUCGUGCCCUCAGACUCUCUUUUGUUGGAGAAAUGGGCUGGGAGCUGCACAUUCCUAAUGCCUCAGCUGUUGCAGUCUAUGAGGCAGUGAUGGCUGCUGGGAAACCACUGGGCCUAGUCAAUGCUGGAUACCGAGCCAUCGACUCUUUGUCUUGUGAGAAAGGUUACCGCCACUGGCAUGCUGAUGUCCGUCCUGAUGAUACUCCUCUUGAGGCUGGUCUUGCCUUCACUUGCAAGCUCAAAACGGACACACAGUUCUUGGGCCGGGAAGCCUUGGAGCUGCAGAAGAGCAAAGGAAUUUCCAAGAAAUUGGUAACCUUUACCUUGGAUGACCCUUCACAGCCUCUGUGGGGCCUAGAGGGUAUCUGGCGUGAUGGAGAACCAGUGGGUCAUAUCCGCCGAGCAGAGUUUGCUUUCACACUAGGUCAGGCCAUUGCAUAUGGCUAUGUACAAAGGCCCAGUGGGGAGAAAGUAACCAAUGACUUCCUCAAAACUGGAACAUGGCAGCUGGAAUCUAUGGGGAAGAGUCUUAAUGCCACUGUCCACAUCCGCCCGCCGUUCGAUCCCAAGAACCUGAGAGUCAAAGGCAUUUAUGAAAGCAAAACAGUAAUCCAUACAUCAAAAGCUAUUGAGUAGCAGAAAUGUACAGAGCUCAAAGGCAGAUAUACCUUUUUAGUUAUAAAAAAGGUACUUAUCUCAGCAGGUUCUUGCACAAUAUAACUUGUCCUUUUCUAUUUUGUAUUUUAUUGUAAAAAGCCAUGAUUAAUUUACAUACUUUCAUUUCAUUUUUACAUCACUCAUCAUCAUUUUUGUAUAAUUGUUUGAAUUUUUACAUGCAAUGCCUACAAAUGCAAAGUAGUGAUGGUUGUAUAUUACAACCUAUUAACUCUGUGAUCCAAAAUACUGUACUCCCAGUGACCCUGUCAACAGGGUUCAUUAAUCAUAAAGAAAGAGGUAUCAUACAGUUAAAUAAUGAACUGUAUCUAAAUUUUCACAGGUGAAUUCUUGAAGAGAUAUUCACACCUGAAGGAAUCAUGUAGGUCAUUAGUUAAGUAGGGCAACUAAAAGAUAAUAGAAUUAUUUAGUAAAAAUUAUGGUUGUUUAAAAAUAUUUAACUUGUAUCUUUAAGAAUUAGUUUUCUCAGAGUUGUGUUAACUCAAAUACACCUUUGAUAUCUCUUUUUCACCAAUUCACAGGAAUGUCCUCUUUCACCCUUCUCAUUAUCUGUGUCUAUGAACAAAACUUGGUACUCUAGUCACUGGAAGGUGGUAAGGAAUAUUGUUAUUCUCUACUCCAAAUGUUAGAGUGAGUGAGGAGUGUUAAAAUAUGUGUACAAGAAAGGAAUUAGCAAAAUCUUAUGAUUAUUUUACUGUGGCAAAUGUUAUUUUCAUAAGGGAUUGAUAGCCUUACAUAGAGUACUGUAUAGGUGAGAUAACAUUUAUUGAAACCUAGUGUUAUGUAGGGGACAGAUUGAAUGACAUAGAACCCCAUAAUUAAAGGCUUGAUAUUGAAUCCUACACAAAGGUUUCCGUGAUAAAAGGAUAUCUUUAGAAAAAGGGGUGUGGUGAUAAAAUACAGCGAUAAUGCACAUACCUCAUUACUAUGUCAUGGGUUUGAGUCCUGGCUCCAAACACACAGGUUUUCUCGGGUACUCUAGUUUCCUCCUGUACUAUACUAACACUGAAAAUUUUAGGUCAUCACAAAAAGUAGACCAUCUGCCAAAAUGGCUAUUGAGCUGAUAAGUGGUGAAAGGAUAUUGGAUAUAUUAAAAUAAGGCUGCUGUGGUACAGGGGUAUGAUAGAUAGAACCCCACUUUAGGGUUCUUGCAGUGCAGGGAUGCCUACACACCUCGACCUAAGUUUAGUUUUUGUGUGGUAUCGCUGUUUUUCAUGCCAACUAUUUCAUGUUUGUUAGCAUUUCCCAAGAUUAUUUUUCAAAAUACUGUACACUGUGUAAUACAUUUAUUGUGUACUCAGGCCUGUAUUGUUAAAAAAUGUAGUACAGUAAACCCUUGCUAUUCGUGAGGGUCUGGUUCCAAGGAAUGGCGUGAAUUGGCAAAACCGCGAAUAGCACUACUGUAUACCUAUUCUGUGUAUAAAAAAAACCUAAGUCACCAAUAGUACUUACAUUCGUAUGUGGAAGUUUGGAGCUUGAUGAAGUGGUGUACUGUACAUAGGGAGGCAUCUGGUUACUGAAGUAUAGGGGGGAUCAUCAGGAUCACUGUUGGAAGAGGGUGAUGCACUGGUGGUUAGUGGAGAGGUGCGCGGCUGGGAGGACGAGGUUGGAGCCGUGACAGUAACAGCGGAGUGAGUGAGGGAGGGAGACAAAUUAGCUGGGCAAGCGGGUGGUUCUUUUUUUAAAAACAUCGUGAUUGGUAGUUGUUUCUUCUUGACUUUGAGGUCUUUAGACAUAUCAUGGUAGAGAAACAAUACCUAGUUGAUUUCUUGGACCUUCUUAAGGCUCCGUUCCAUGGAAGGGUCGUGGUCAACAAUGAAAUCAGUUACCACCUUCACAUGUCAAAAUUGUUCAAGCCUCAACCUUUUUGUUGCAUUUCCAUAAUUUCUUCUUCAUCUUCCUCAGUACUUUUUACCAACUCUUCCAAAUCCUCUUCUGUCAGUUCCUCUCCAUGCUCAUCAGUCAGCUCUGCCAUGUCUUCAGCAGCCAUGUCCACAAACCCCUCACCACCCAAUUGAUGUGCAUCACUUGCAAUGUCAUUCGCAUCCUUUACUAUGGAUGGAAAUCCCUGGAAGUUAUUCACACACUCAGGCCAUAAGGUUUGCCAACAACAUUCACAGUCUCAGGUUUGAGUUCAUUGAAUGCUUCACUGAUGUUGGUAAUGCAGUCUGCAAUGCUGUACUCCUUCCAACACUUGCUAACAUCAAGGUCAGGGUCUGCGUCCAUGGCACUACGGUUACGACCAAAAGAGCGUCAGAUGUAAUAUGCCUUGGAGGUACGUAUUACACCCUGAUUAAGAGGCUGAAUAAGAGCAGUGGUGUUAGGGGGUAGGAACACCACCUCUACUCCUGGAUGGCUAAACUGCAAAUUUUCUGGGUGGUCUUGAAUUCCAUCUUCUUGGAAGCAAGGUACUUUUCUACUUCUGGGACGAAGCAUUUAUGGAACUAUUCCAGGAAUGCUUACACAGUUACCCAUGCCUUUUUGUUGGACUGGCAAAAAGUUCUUGUUUUUACCCUUUGAAGCCCUAGGGUUUGCUAAGCGGUAAAGCAAGCCAGGUUUGAUCAUGUGACCAGCUGCCUCUCCUGCUUGUUUAUGUACGUUCUACCUGGCAUCUUAUUCCAAUAUAGACCGGAUUCGUCGGCAUUAAACACUUGCUCUGCUCUAUAGCCUUUCUCUUCUUUUAUUUUCUUUAACUUGGCAGGAAAUGCAUCUGUGGCUGUGUGGUCAGCUGAUGCGGCCUCCCCAGUCAGCUUCACAUUAUAGAGAGAGAAUUUUAUCUUAAAAUUCUCGAACCACCCUUUACUGGCACUAAAAGUUGGUUCAGUAGCUUCAUUAUCCCCUUCACCACCUGUUGACUCAUAAAAAUGGGCAUAAAGACUCUAAGCCUUCUCACGAAUCACGUUACUGUCGAUCAGAACAUUUUUGCGGUGCUGGUCCUCAAUCCAAAUGUUCAGUGCUUUUUCUCUUUUUACUGUGUUCUUGUUUCAAACAACCUGCGCCACUUUAGCACUUGCAGGAGCACUCGCUUGAACAGAAUCACGAAUUGCUUGUUUAUUCUUCCUUAUAUACCACACAUGGUUGAGUGCCAACAGAGGGAGAGGAGACGUUGCAGGCGUGUGGGGUGACUCAUUGCGCUGUGGGAAAAGGCUCGUAAGCUAGCCACCAUCUGCUUACAGCGAAUCGUCGAAAUCGCAAAUUGCAAACCCCCGUAUGGCAAGGGUCUACUGUACUGUACUGUGCAUUGCUAUAAGUUAGAGAUUCGGGUAUAGAGAAUGGAUGUCAGGUAGUUAUGGAAGUACAGGUACCGUAUUUAGUUCAAUCUGAAAAGGCAAAUAAGUUUUCCAUUUAUACUCAGUACAGUAGCUUCAUUAAAAAUAAAUAAUCUUGAAAGUAUUGUAAUUUAUCUGUUAUGAGGGGUAUUUCAUCAAAUAUUUUAAGUUAAUAUACAGAUUUCAUUGUUGGAAAUAACAUUAUUUCCUGUUAAGUUUAAAUUUAAUAAUAUGAAUACUGUUUUUUGUUUGUAAAAUUAUUUGCUGUAUAUGCAUUUAAACAUCUGCUGAA